AUGGACCCCGCUCUCGAUGUGGCUGGCAGUUCCUCGUCCUAUACAGCCGCUGCAGCGUUUAAUCUUAAAUAUUGGAUCUCCCCACCAGAAUCUCCAAAAGUCAGGGAACAAGUUGUAGGUUUCCUGAAGCGUUGCGCAGAAUUUCAAGGACCUCGUCUAGAAUUAAACACGAAAGAACCAAAGAAUGCAGAUAUGAAUGCGCUCAUUGAUUACUACGAAAACGUCAUCAUCCAGGAGAGCGAUUUGGACAAAAAUGACCCACGCAGGCUGUUCAUCGAACACAUGCGGGAUGAGACAUUUGAGCCUGAAUAUGCAGCUUAUUUGAUACAAUUUGGUUUCAUGAGCAUUCUGCACAAUCGUCCACUGGCCGAGGAUGAACGAGUGAAGGAAUGGCUUAAAAUACUUGCUUAUACUUUACGCGAAGCUAAACACGCGCGCUCAUUUGUAGUAUCACACCUGGCCGUAUCUGCCUCGUAUGGCCUCCUCAGCCUUAAGUUGAGGUAUAGAAAUCUUGAAAGGCGUCUCCCUGAUAUCAGUGCAAUGAUUGAAUGUGUUGACUACAUUCACGGAGCCAUAACUGUUGACGAAGCAAAUUUUUUAAGAUGGGAACACGAAUUCAUUUUUCGGGGCCGCUUUGGACGAGAGAUAAUUGAUCCAGUCAAGUUUACGCAAAUUGUUGAACUGGAUAAACAUCUUGAAAAUGCAAUGACCUCUCCCACACCGGAGAAUGGUUGGAAAUACCUCAAGAAGCUCUGUGAAGAAUUUGGCUCUUCAUCGGCUCACAGGAGACUGAUCUGGUCUUCUACCUCAUGA